UAGAUGAGAGAACGUGGUGCACCCUUGAACGUCACUGGUUAUUAUAUUUAACCAAUGGUUCGGUCGCUCCGCCUUUUCGGUUGCUUGUCACUUGUGACGAAAUUACCGCCCAGUAUUAAUUGUGCAGAUACGCUCCAUAUUUCUCCUCGUACAUGUCUUGCUGUCUCUUUGGUUUGGUAUUGUCGAUGACCGGCGUUUUACCAUCGUCGUGUGAGUUUUUUCCGCAAAUUUUCUUUCGUAAAUUUACGUUAUGUACAAUUUUUUCGAUGGUAAAAUGAAUUCGCGGUCGGAUUAUUGUUUUUGGUGAUUAAUUAACUUGAUAUCUAUGCGUUGGUUUUUGUAAAUUUUGAAAAUUUUCUCGUCGGAUUGUUUUUGAUUGUCGCGUUUUUGAAUAUUGAUUUGGAAAAUGUUCAUCUGAGAUGCCUCGACCUUGUCGGGAAUCGUACGGCGAUCAGAAGCCACCGUACUCGUAUAUAUCUCUGACAGCAAUGGCGAUAUGGAGUUCGCCAGAGAAAAUGCUCCCAUUAUCGGACAUCUAUAGAUUUAUCAGCGAUCGAUUCCCGUACUACAGGAAGAACACCCAAAGAUGGCAGAACUCACUCCGGCAUAACCUCUCGUUCAACGACUGCUUCAUCAAAAUCCCCAGAAGACCGGAUCGCCCCGGUAAAGGAGCGUUCUGGGCUCUGCAUCCGGCAGCUCUCGAUAUGUUUGAAAAUGGUUCCUUUCUUAGACGUCGCAAACGUUUCAAAUUACCUAAAAUCGAUCGCGACCUGCUGCGUGCAACGUUGCCUCUGAACUCAUCUAAAGUCAACUUAGAUAUCGACAGGAACGGUAUUUUCUCAGCUGUACCAAUUGGAGCAUCCACCAAGCUAAGCGAUGCCGAAGAUUUCGUCAUAAGGAAUACAGCCGCUGAUAUCCACAGGACGACGACAGCGAUGACCAAAGUAUCGCCGGUACCUUCGGAAUCUGCAUCAGAGAAUACCAAAACAACCUCGCCUAUCACGUGUAGUAAUAGUAAAUCGUUCAGUAUCGAUAGCAUAAUGUCGUCGAAUACCUCGAAUUCCCAACCCUUGGUACCGAAACCAGUGUUUCCGCAUUACUACUACCCGCCGGUAUGCCUGCCGCCUUUGCUGAACUCGAAUUACGCGGCGAUUUAUGCAGCUGCGGCACUCAGAGGGUUCUUGGUGCCGCCACCUAUGUCGAAUUCCAUUCUACCGUCUAUCGAUAGUUUGCGGUUUUGUCAACCUAUGCCGAUGUCGUCGCCUCCGAUCGAUGUCGUUGAUACGUCCAGUUCCUCGGAUAGCCUGAUGGCUGCCAAGUUCAAAUCAGACGAUCGUCUCGAGUUGAAAACCGAAUCGAUUAAAUGACCAGGAGUUGAUGAUCUCUGCGAGAAGCAUGCGGCGGUGGCGGCGCCCGCAUAGCUCCGUAUUAUUGAUUUUUUUUUUUAAAGAAGUAUUUAAUAAAUACGAGAGAUUAUAUGAUUACUAUUAUUGUAAGAUUGGCGGCAGCGUAUACAUAUCUGUGAUUAAUAAAUUUUAUUGUAUAGAUCCCCGCCCUGCUCCCUGCCCCCUGCCCCAUAUAUCCCAGUGUUGAGUGUAUUAUGUGUUAUUAGUACCUAUCUUUACAUAUAGUACUGUGGGGAAUAAAAGAAGAAGAAAUUUCGCCCAUGAUUUCCUAUUUAUUGUAUAUGCGGAUACUAAUAUACCCGUACGUGUAUUUAAUGAGAUUUAUAUACGGAAAUUAUAACUACUAGUACUAUUACUACUUCUACGUGUGUAUAUCUAUAAAAAAAUUGUUAUUCGUUUUUUCUUUUUUUUUUCCUUGUGAUGUAUAUAAGCGAGUUAUUGUUGUCUUUCAAUAUUUUAAUAAAAUGUUUAGAAAAUAUAUUAAAAGAA